GGUACAUCCCCAUGCCAUCGAGAAAUAGACUAUUGCCAGAGUUUCUGAUUGACUUUUUAAAGCAGCAAGCAGCAUGUCUGCGCAACCCAUGAUUUAUCCCUAACGUUGAUCAUUGAUUUGUUGAAUUUUAAGGUUCAACAAUGGAAGAAGCAACGGUCGAGAGUUUGGCAGAAGUUUUUAGAUGCUUCAUCUGCAUGGAAAAGCUCCGAGAUGCCCGCCUCUGUCCCCACUGCUCUAAACUCUGCUGUUUCCUCUGCAUAAGGAGGUGGCUUACUGAACAGAGAAACCAAUGUCCCCAUUGCCGAGCUCCUUUACAACUUCACGAUUUGGUCAACUGUCGAUGGGCAGAAGAGGUGACUAACCAACUAGACACACUACAAUUGUGCACCCCACACACAAGACCUGAUGAACAAGAUAGAGAUAAAUGUGAAGCACAUCAUGAGAAAUUGAGUGUGUACUGCUGGACAUGCCACAAGUGUAUAUGUCAUCAAUGUGCUCUCUGGGGUGGAGCGCAACAUACAGGUCACACAUUCAAACCCCUAGAUGAGGUAUAUGAUCAACAUGUCUCUCAAAUCUCAGAGGAGGUUGCAGCAUUGAGAAGACGCCUUAUGGAGCUGAUCAGUCUUGUCCAAGAAGUAGAGCGCAAUGUUGAAAGUGUUCGCAAUGCCAAGGAUGAACGUGUCCGUGAAAUCCGUAAUGCUGUCGAAAUGAUGAUAGCCAGAUUGGAAUCACAACUUAAAAUGAAACUGCUGACUCUCAUGGGUCAGAAAAAUUCACUCACUCACGAGACAGAGCUGUUGGAGUCUCUCCUGCAGGAAGUAGAACACCAAUUACGAUCAUGCACGAAGAGUGAAUUAAUUGCCAAGAGUGCUGAGCUCUUACAGAUGUUUACCCAAGUUCAUCGCAAGCCAAUGGCAUCUUUUGUAACAGCACCCGUCCCUGCUGAUUUCAUGAGUGAAUUGGUACCAACAUAUGAUAGCAGCAGAUUUGUCCUUAAUGGUUUCACAGCAUUGCAGCAUAAAGCAGAUCCAGUGUACAGUCCACCGCUGACCACAUCAGGUCUGAACUGGAGACUGAAAGUAUAUCCAGAUGGAAAUGGUGUGGUCAGAGGCAAUUACCUGUCUGUGUUUCUAGAGUUAUCGGCUGGUCUGCCUGAAACUUCCAAAUAUGAGUACAGAGUGGAAAUGAUUCAUCAGGCAACUCAUGACAAUAGCAAGAAUAUUGUGAGAGAAUUUGCUUCUGAUUUUGAGGUUGGAGAAUGCUGGGGGUACAAUCGCUUCUUCAGACUUGACUUGCUGGCAACUGAGGGAUACCUCAAGGAUAACACCUUAAUCUUACAGUUUCAGGUAAGAGCGCCAACAUUUUAUCAGAAAUGUCGAGACCAGCAGUGGCACAUCAAUCAUCUAGAAGCAGCACAACGACUGUAUGUCACCCAGGUGAAUGACCUGAAAGAGAGACUAGCCAUUGAGUUAUCCCGACAUCAAUCAGACAGUGGGAAAUCACCAGAUCAUGAUAGACGGAACAGCCACUCAGAGCAGUCACGUAGCAGAUUUAGAUCAGUCCGUGCAACUGUUGCCAUAGCAACUGACAAAGAGUCUCCAAACAGGAAGAAUGAGAAAACUGUGUCAGAACAUGAUGAAGAUGCACAGUUGUCUGAAUGUGAGAUCAGUAUUUGUGGGUCCUCUUCAACAUCCUUGGAUGACGGAGCUAAUUCUGAUGCUGAAAAUAGCUUGGAAGAAAAUGAUAUUGAUGAAGAGACAAUGUCCCUAGAAAACGAUGUAGACCACAGCAGAUUGAUAGACUCCAGAACCCAGGUAGAGUGUCUGGUUGGCCAGGGAGCUCAAGGAGGCUCAGAUGCUAGCAUAAGCCUUGGACAUCUUGAGGGUCAGCAAGGGGAAGAGAUCUUACAGACAUUGAGGAAUGAAGAAGCCAUGCUUUUACAAUUGCUGGACUUAAAGGACAGACCAAUUGGAGCAGGAGAUAGCUUGUGGGGGUUUCUGCCAAGACCACCAUACAAGAUUCGCCAUACAAAUGCUCCAAGGAAGAGUAAAGAAAAAAAGGAGAAACAUCAUCACUCUACCCCUUCCACUCAUGAAUCUCUUAUGAAGAAGAUGCAGUCUUGUAUGUCUGACAUUAGUCUACGUAGCCACUGUGCAACUACAAGUGUGGUGCCAAUACUAGAUGGUGCAGAGUGCUCUGAGCAAGCAAGCGGUCUUGGGUCAUCAACUAAAAUAGAUGCAGCACAGUCAAUACUACGGAAGCCGUCAUGUAGCAGCAAGCACAGUCAGCAUGCAGUUCCCAGCAUAUCAUUGCAAUUGGCACAAGAAUGUGAUGCAUCAGGCAAAGCCCAAGAGGAUGAUACAGGAGAAUGUGGGGCAAGUACCAAAAAUGUGGACAAGCAUUGCAAUGAAGGCAAUCUAGAAGGCUACUAUGUUCCACUAAGUGAUAGAGAAGGUACUGCUGCGGAAGCCUUGCCAGUGUUGUCAAGUGCAGCAAGACUCAACGCUGGAAUUGACGCCUUGGGUGUGCAGUUGAGAGCAAGUCCAGAAAGUGAAGUUUCUGAUUCAGAUUUCAAGAGUACGGAGAAUCAGCAAGUCCCCAAACUGCCAGUCUCAUGCCUCUCUGCCGGGGAAAUUGUGAACAUAGCUGACGGCAAAGACACAAUAGAGUCCCUAAUGCAUAAAGAUGAUCAACAGAGAACGUUGAGAACGACAAGGAAAAAAAUGUGCUUGGGAAGAUUGAACACUACAGGAGAAGAUUGGCAGUGGGGCUGGACCGGCGUAUACAGGACCGAAACUGGGGUUUUAGAAAACGGCUUUGCCCCAUCAAGAACACAUUGCAGCGCAGUGUGUACAAUGGUUAGCCAUUUGUGCCCACAUACAGCAAAUGGGUCAUUGUGUGUAAUAAGCCUUUGUACUGAUGACGUCACAGUUUGUUUACAUGUGUGCUUUCCUAUGGAGCCAGUGGGGGCCCACGGUCCACUGAGCACCAUAGGAACACACGUAAACAAAGUGGGACGUCAUUAGUACAGAGGCUUACUGGCCCGGGCCCAGUCAGAUGGUCAGACCUAUAUGGGUGCACGCCAAAAUAGUUGGUCCCCCCCCCCCCCCCCAAAAAAAACCUUUUUUUUUCCGGCGGACAAAACAUUUGGGCAAAAGUUUUUUAAAACAUUUUAACUUCUGAAAAAUUGGGGGAAAAAAUAGAAAUUGUGAGCCCCCCCCCCAAAAAACCCCCACCAAAUCCUGGGUGGCCACUGACACUCCCUUCUAAGCGCAGCUAGGCCUAGGCAGCCCAAUUUGAUGACGUCAUGGUGUUUCACAAUCGACAGACGGCCGAACGUAUCCGAACGACCGAUUCUAGAUCUUCGGUGUAAGCAAAGAUUUUAGAGAGAGAAUACAGGACAGUCCGCUUAAAAAGUGAAACAGAAAGUACUUGCCCAUAGGUCGCGAUGGGAAGGGCGCCUCGCGCGGCAGGUAGGUAAAAACUAGAUUUUCUACAUGCACUCGACGUAAAAACUUAGUUAAAUGCAAAGUCGCCAACCAAAUUUGUUUUGGGCGAAAUAAUGCAAAUAUGUAACAUUUUCAUGACAAAAUGCCUACAAGUGCCUCUUUAUUUGUUUUAAAACAGUAUAAUGCUGAUGAGCUUGUGUACACGUUCAGAGAUAAGAUUGGUAAUGUGAACAACUUGUGCAAUUUGCAUCAUGUUUACUGCUAUUGUUUAUUGCUCAACAUGUUUUUAAAGUAAAUUUGUUUUUGUUAAUUAAGUGUUGAAUUAGUGAACUUUAUUAAUAUAUUAAAUAAAUUAAUUAAAUUAUUGAUGAAUGUAUUAUUUUUAAAAAGAAAUCAUGCAUUUUUUAUGUGUACAGCGUUUGUAAUGUAAUGUAAGUGAAUUAUUUUUAUACCUUCAAAUAAAUUAGUUCAAAUUGAUUAAUUAAUUGAAUUAUCAAUGCAUUAAUUUUUUAAGAAACUAUGCAUGUUUUUUAAGCGUACAACUCUUGAAAUGUAAUGUAAAGCAUUGAAAUGUUAAUAUAACUAUUUUAUGAAUAUUAAAAUUAAGUGAUUAAAUUGUUACAUGCAAUUUUUUUUA